ACAACAGGAAGCGAACACACACACACACACACACACACACACACACACACACACACUCACAAACAAACAAACUUCACCAAAACAGGAAAGAGAGAGAGAACAAAUUUUAAACAGAGAGACAGAUAGACAGUAAAUCGAAAAUAGAAGUAAUAGAUAACAGACAGACACACCGAUAGACAGACAGACAGCAUGGCCUCAAUUCUAAGCUGCUGUCUGGAUCGAGAGCGGCUGUCUGAUGCUGUCGAGGCCCUGGCUGUUAAGUGCCCCGAUGCCACGUGUUGCUGCGCUUGUUGUUCGGCCUUUCGUCCACGCUACAAGAGAUUGGUGGACAACAUAUUCCCGGCCAUUCCAGAUGAUGGGCUAGUCAAGAGCAAUAUGGACAAACUUAUGUGGUAUGCAAUGAACUCGCCCGACAAGCUGGACAGGAUCGGAGAGUACCUGGCCUAUAGACUCUUCAGGGACAUCAACAGGCGGAAGACAGGUUACGUCAUCAUCUCCAUGGACGCCUUGGAUCAGCUGUUGGUCUCCUGCCACGCCAACAACCUCAACCUCUUCGUGGAGUCCUUCCUGCAAAUGGUUCAGAAGCUCCUGGAGUCCACCGAGCCGGCCCUGCAGCUACGGGCCAUCCAGUCUUUUGAGAAGUUCGCCAACAUCCGCGAGGACACUCCCUCCUACCACCGGCGCUACGACUUCCUGGUCAGCAAGUUCUCCAGCAUGUGCUACUCCAACGAGGACGACGACGCCACACGCAAGCUGCUCAGGAUCGCCGGGAUAAAGGGGCUGCAGGGUGUGGUGCGCAAGACUGACCUGGACAACCUGGGGGAGAACAUCUGGCUGCCCACACACAUGGAGAAGAUCGUGCCGUCCCUGCUCUACAACAUGCAGCACUGCGACCUCUACACACAGGAAACUAAGCCCACCAGCGACACCCCUGACAACCAACACCACCCCCAGAAGCCCCCGCUGGAUGAGCCCCCGCAGCCGCCCCAGCACCACCACCACCAGGAGGGCGAGAAGGAGCCGCACGAGCUGGCUGAGAUGUGCCUGCGGGAGCUGGUGUCCCGGGCAACCUACGGCAAGAUUGACAACGUAGUGAAGCCGCUGCUGACGCACCUGGACCAUGAAGGCCUAUGGGUGAAGAAUACCUUUGCUGUGCAGGUGUUCAAGAUAUUAAUGUACUCUAUACAGGCUAACUACAGCAUCAACAUCAUCGAGCUCAUCAUGCUGCACAUCAAUGAGAAGAGCAAGGAACCCGCGAAGAUCAGGACAGGAAUCGCCGACGUCCUCUCCAAGGUCAUCCCCAUCGCCGCCGGGGAGUGCAUAGGCCCCUCUUUCAUCACCAUCAUCAACUCCCUGCUCGAGCACAUCCGGUCAUCCGUGGUGGGUGGAGCAAGUGGAUCGGAGGGGUCGGUGGAGCGGGUGUACCAGGAAACCCUCAUCCACGCGCUGGGAGAGUACGCCAACCACCUGCCGGAUUACCAGAAAGUGGACUCCAUGGUGUUUAUUCUGAACAAGGUUCCAGGAAGCGAUCGAGUGGAUGACGGUGGAUCGCAGCGGCCGGAAGCGGAGGUGAAACUGCAGCACAUCCUCCUCAAGUCCCUGCUCAAGGUUGGCACGAAGUACACCACGGAGCAAUAUAGCAAGACCUUCGCACAGUCCUUCCUGGUGCGACUUAUGCGACUGAGUGUGUCCAGCGAUGCGGAGGUGCGGCUCACCCUCCAGCACAUCCUGCACACCCUCCUCGACCGACACGACAACGCACGCAAGCUGGCCAGGCCCACCCUGGAGAUCGGCAAACUGGGGCUGACCUUCGCCAAACCAGUGCGGCAGGAUGUGAACUUCUGGCGUAAGAGCGGCUCGGAGCUCCUUCUCUGCGUCCAGGAGAAUUGUGAGUUCGUCAACAACACCCUCGCUAACAUGGAGGCCAUCUUCUGUACCCUAAUGCUCCUGUUAGCUGAGAUCCGCUCCGACGAUGUGAUGGUGGACAUACUGCGCGUGCUCUUCCACAUACAGGGCACCGCACAGAAUGGGGGUGUGAAGGGCGCCGCGGCCAUCCAUCUUCAUGCGCUGGUCUCCUCCGUAAUGAUGGCCGUGGCCCUCCUCGUGCCCAGCCUGAAGGACCAUGUGGCCACCGUCAUCAAGAACAGGUCAGACAACGCCCCCCACCUCCUCCCCGCACUGCUGCCUGAGUACGACCCGACCCUGCCCUUCGCCUCCCUGCCCGACCACCUCCUCUUCGACAACAAUGCCGUACUGGAACUUCUCUCGGGAACCAGUUUGGACGAGAAGCGCUUAACAGCCAGCAUGUCGAGUAUGAAGCGCAGACACUCCGGGGGACACAACACCUCAAACUCCGCCAUGGACAUCAACGCCAUCAAUGUGGAAGUGGACAGUGCCUCCUCCUCCCCCGGCCUGCCCAGGAAAUCCCUGGAGGAGGAAAUUACCUUCGAAUCGCUCAAGAAAGUCCUGACCGAGAGUCCCGAGCAGAAACGCCGCGCUGAGGAGGAGCGGCAGCGACGGCAGAUCACCGAGGCCUUCAUGACGGAAUCCUUCGAAGCGCUCGUCGCCAAAAUCCAGGCGCGGCAACCCGACAACCUCCACAACAAACUGGCGGAGAUCUUCAACCGACUUCCACCGCCACCACCCGCUUCCACGUCCUCCGGCGUCGCUACCACCACCACGACGGCCUCUGGGGGGGUUGGGGGUAUUCGGGGGGGGGUUGGUCUUGGGGGCGUCCCUGCAGUGAGUACAUGUGAGUCUGCCGCCGCUGCGCUCACCUCGGCCUCCACUUAUGAGGUUCCGUACCCUGAUAUUUUUAUUUAUUAACAGUUGUAGAUCUGUCUCUCUGUCUCUCUUCUGCUGUCUCGGUUUCUCUCUGUCUCUGUCUUGAGUUUGAUGUAUGUUCGUUAGUUCGUGUUUUUUUCUUGCGGUGUUUCUGUCGUCUGUAAACAAUAUCUUUUUUUUUUUUUUUUUUCUCAUUUUCUUUCAUCUCUUUCUCAUUCUCAAUCUCUCCUUUCCUCUCCUCUUUCUAUCUGUAAACAAUUCUCUUUUUUUCUCUUUCAAUCUCUUUCUCAUUCUCAAAUUCUCCUUUCCUCUCCUGUCUCAUUUUCUCUUUCAAUCUCUCUCUCAUUCUCAAUCUCUCCUUUCCUCUCCUGUCUCAUUUUCUCUCAAUCUCCUUCUCAUUCUCAAAUUCUCCUUUCCUCUCCUGUCUCAUUUUCUCUCAAUCUCUCCUUUCCUCUCCUGUCUCAUUUUCUUUCCUUCUCUACCUAUAAUCAUUUUCUCUUUCUUAUUUUCCCUUUCUCAAUCUAUCUGUCAUUCAUUUCCCUACUUUCAUUUUCUCGUUCUUUCUAUCUAUCUAUCUACCCAUAAUAUAUUUCUCUUCCUCUGUCUCUCCCCUAUCACUCAAUCUCUCAUUUUCCUUCAUUUUCUCUCUUUCUAUUUCCUUAUCUUGUUUUUUCCUCAUAUUCUGUUAUCUUUCUUGUCCACACUCUCCCUCUCUCUCUCUUUUCCUCUCUUCCUUUCUUCCUUUCUCUUUUUUGCCUCUUUUCUUUGUUUUUCUUUACAUAUGUUUUUCUCCUACAUUCUCUCAUUCUCUAUCUUUCUUUUACUCCUCCAUUCCUUAUUCCUCCUCCUUUUGUUGUACUAUUCUUAUUUCAACACACACACACACACACACACACACACACACACACACACACACACACACACACACACACACACACAAAUAAACAAACACAUUCAUACACAUUUAUCAUUCAUUCCUAAUUCAUUCUAUUCAUUAAAGCAUGUGACUAGAGAGAGAGAGAGAGAGAGAGAGAGAGAGAGAGAGAGAGAGAGAGAGAGAGAGAGAGAGAGAGAGAGAGAGAGAGAGAGAGAUUGUUACACUGGUGGCAGCAGUGGGAUACAGAGAGAGAGAGAGAGAGAGAGAGAGAGAGAGAGAGAGAGAGAGAGAGAGAGAGAGAGAGAGAGAGAGCACAACUGACUAAACCAACGACAUUCCAGACCCAGAUACAAUAAAAAAAAAAAAUGUCAUAAUAUUUUCUCUCGUAAAGCGGAAACACGGGUUUUUUUUUUUUUUUUUUUUUUUUUUAGGUCGCGAUUCAUAAAAAUUAACGUGUGUACAUAUGUAUGUAUGUGUGUGUGUGUGUGUGUGUGUGUGUGUGUGUGUGUGUGUGUGUGUGUGUGUGUGU